CAACUUCAUUUGCGCCUUCACCCGGCACAAACACAAAGCGCGCCCACCUUACAAACAUCUUCCGCCGCAACAACAUCUCCGCCGAGAUUGUCCUUAUCUUCGCUCUCGACAACAACACCUAGCACUGCAGAUUCCGCGGUCCCUGCUGCUGCUCCUACCACCGAACCUAACGCCCUCCGAGAUCGACCUCGACCUUCGUCGCCGUCGCUUGCACCCUCCGACACACACACUUAAAGAGAAGAUCGCGCGAGAAACGCGGACACCACAGCCAUGAAUCCAGAAUACGACUACCUCUUCAAGCUUCUCCUCAUCGGUGACUCUGGCGUCGGAAAGUCCUGCUUGCUCCUUCGAUUCGCCGACGACACGUACACCGAGAGCUACAUCUCCACAAUCGGCGUCGACUUCAAGAUCAGAACUAUCGAGCUCGAUGGCAAGACCGUGAAGCUCCAGAUCUGGGACACUGCUGGUCAAGAGCGCUUCCGUACGAUUACUUCCUCCUACUACCGCGGAGCGCACGGUAUCUGCGUCGUCUAUGAUGUCACCGACAUGGACUCGUUCAACAACGUCAAGCAGUGGUUGCAAGAGAUUGACCGCUACGCCACCGAGGGCGUCAACAAGCUCCUCGUCGGCAACAAGAGCGAUAUGACAGACAAGAAGGUGGUUGAGUACACCGUGGCCAAGGAAUUCGCAGACAGCCUCGGCAUUCCAUUCCUCGAGACGUCCGCAAAGAACGCAAGCAACGUCGAGCAAGCAUUCUUGACAAUGGCUCGCCAGAUCAAGGAGCGCAUGGGUAAUACGGCGAUCAACAACAAGCCAACUGUGCAGGUCGGCCAGGGCUCGAACGUCCAGUCUGGCAGCGCUGGUGGCUGCUGCUAAGGACAUAGUGAAGAAGCAGGUCCGAUCUUGUACGGAGGCGAGAACACGGAUUGGAUGGAAUUCCUGCAGCGUUGCGUGCUGCACUAUGGGUGGUUAUCGAGGCGUUGAAUGCUACGCAUGCUAGAUUGUGCUUGCUUUCUGGGUAGAUGACUUCGGGCGCAAGGCAUGACGCGCGGACGAUAGCAAGCUGCUUCUUUAUUACAGAAGGAUGCGCGUAAUGCAUGCAUCUAGGAUACUGCAUGGCCGUCACGGCUCGAGGGUAUUUGCAGUGUCUCAUGAAGAUGGGCCUCGCGGCGCAUUAGGACCUUUCACAGACAGUGGCUCUGGGAAUGACAAAGUGUUACUCU